AAAGACUAUGACAUAGUCAUUAUCCAGGAACCAUUUGUUGAUAUCCUAGGCAACACCAAGGCCUCUCCUGACUGGAAUGUAGUCUACCCCACACAGAAAUACUCACAUCAAGACAGAACAUGUGCAGUCAUACUCAUCAACAAAUGCAUCAAUAUGAGUAACUGGAGACAACUCCCUUUCCCAUCAUAUGACGUUACAGUCGUUCAACUCAACGGAGCAUUCGGAAAAAUAACAAUUUUCAACAUCUAUGAUGAC